ACAGAAGGGACAAAAAAGUCAGGCUAGCAGGCACGGCCCCACAGAUUCCAGAUUCAGUAUCAGGCCUGGGCCUAGACAGAACCAAGUUAAAAGCUGAAGAGGAAGAAGGGGCGGAGGAAGGACCCAGACAUCUUGGAUCCCGACUCCUCCAGGAGCCUAGAGAGCAGACCUGUGCUCCCCAGGCUGCUUCUCCAUUAGCUCCUCAUCCGCUCAUCUCUAAGCUCCCCUGGCCUCCCUGCCCCAGGAUGUCACAUCUUUCUCCAUCCUGCUCUGGUCCAGGCCUCAGCCCUGUGUCUGCCUCUCCUUCCCUCUGCCCAUGGCUUCUGCCUGGCAGGUUUCCUACAGAAGAGGAAUCUGAGGUCCACUGGACACAGCAGCGCUCUUCCCCUGUGGUCUGGCCUGCUGAGGACACAAAAGAAGGCCUUGCCCUCUCCACAAGCAUGAGCCCAGCUUGCCUCGUAAAGACAAGACCAGGCUACUCUAGGUAGGGUCCUUGGCUUUCUUUUAUGAUCUUGCUAGCCAUGCAGGGGACUGAGGAGGGGUUCACUUUGAUAACCCAAGAACAACAGCCAGCCAGCCACAGGCCAAAGCUGUGGAAGGGAAGCAGCCUGACAGCAGAGCACUGUGCGGCCAAGCCUGUCAGGCCAGCGGUAUCAAUCAGACCGUUUCCUCCCUUGGCACCGCUGGAGCUGUGACACCACUUAUGAUUCUACAGCAGACAGAGGGGUGGGAAACCCACCAGCGAUGGCACAGAGCCAGGCCAGGACAGCAGUACCAAGUGUGGUGGCCCAACUGUAACAAAGAGUUGUGGGGUCCUACGGGGGGAGGGGGGAGGACACGCUGGUGCGCUCCCACAGUAGAAGGCUUGGAAGUCAGUGACCCAGGGAAUAACAUGGGAGUGGCUGAAGUUGGGCCGCCAGGCUCUGGCUAACUUGUUUGGAGUCGGGGUACAGAUAAACAGGAAGUGACACUCAAUCUGGUCCCCCUGUCUUUAUACCUCCCCCACCCCUAGAAAUAACCUCUUCUCAGCCACCCUCCCCCCAACCACUGGCAAUUCAGGGCAGCUUCACACGUACUGGCGCCCUCUACAAGAGGGUCCCCAAAUAAGGCCCACGAGCCAGAGGGAGAGGACUGGAGCAGCAGAGCAGCAGCCGGCCGGGCACUGGCCUUCUGGGUGCCGAGAGUAAAAGCUGAGAUGCCAUACUGAUGUCCCGGCUGUGGGGAGGGCGCCACUCCUUCCCCAGGUUCAUACUGCUCUACCAAGAAAACUUCAAGUCACCCCUGGCAUGCCCCCAGAACCCUGGGAGGAGUAAGCCUUUACAGGCAUGGGGCUGGUCCCGGUUAACACACCCUCCACAUCCUUCCCCACCAUUCCUGUGGCCUGCCUAAUGAGGGCCUGUCAACCAGCCCAAGGGCUGAGUCACCCACACCGGCAGGUCUCCUCUCUUCCUUCUCCAACAACUGUUCCAAAAAUUGCCUUUCAAUUAGCACUACCUCCCUGGGUUCUUCCCAGAGCCAGCUGGGGCUAGGGAGCCAGGCAGGCCUGCUGGGGUCACGGUGGCGGCAGAGCUUUGACUGGACAGGAAGUCACCUGGUGACACACCAGGCAGGGCUGUCCCCAGACCACUCCCCAGAGGAAUCUGAAGCGUCCUACUGCCCUGGGGUGUUGGUCACAGCUGCCCCAGUCCCAGCCUGCGGAUGCUGCAAUUACCUCAGAGCAUGAAACCAGCUUCCCACCUGACUGAGUCAGCUGAAAACAAAACACAUCUCUACCACAUGCUGGCACAAACAGUCACGCCACUAAUCAGAGUCCCCAGAUGCUGGCAGAGAGAGCACAGCCCCACACUGGCCGGGAGGAUCGGCACAUGCCACCAACUACCAGAGAGAGGGUGCCGCCGCCUGAAGAAGUGCACGACCCCUCCGGAGGGCCCGCCCUGCCCACCAGGCCCUCCUCCUGCUCUGCGGGGACUCCCAGCACUCUGAUCUCCCGGACAAACUCUCCCUCCUGCUAGUCUUGUCUCACCAUCCAAGAUGCAACAAGACAAAGGGCCACACCGAGCAGAGGCGCGCAGCCUCUGCUCCUAACCCUUAGGGGUGUCUCCAGUCCGCUGGCAAAUGGUCACAAGCUGCUGCUGAGCCCCUCUGUGGGGUUUCUCAGCCCGGACCCAUUGGCUGACUUAGGAGCUCCAUGGAGACCUGGCGGAAAGGCUCCUUCCGCAAUGCCUCCUUCUUCAAGAGAAUGACCCUGGGGCGGCCGCGGCGACUGCGGAGACAGGGCAGCACACUCAGCCAGGCCAGCGCUGCUGGCGGGGACCACGAGGAGUACAGCAACAGAGAAGUCAUCCGGGAACUUCGAGGGAGGCCAGACGGCCGGCGUCUGCCCUUGUGGGGGGAUGAGCACCCCCGAGCCACUCUGCUGGCCCCACCCAAGCCCCCACGUCUCUACCGAGAGAGCUCCAGUUGCCCCAAUAUUCUGGAGCCCCCAGCAACCUACACUGCGGCCUACUCGGCCACCCUGCCUUCAGCCAUCUCCCUGACAGGCCCUCUCCACCAGUGCUCACAAGAGGACCUUUUGGAUGCUCCCCAUUUCCCGAGGACACCUACUCCGGACCUCAAUGACCCUUUCUUUUCCUUCAAAGUGGACCUGGGGAUUUCACUUCUGGAGGAAGUUCUUCAGAUGCUGAAAGAGCAGUUUCCUAGUGAGCCCCACUUCUGACCCCGGUGAGGGCAGAGAGAACUGGGGUGACUGGAGCCUGGGAGACCUAGGCAGGUAAAGUGUGGAUUAUGGAGCAGGUGGAGACAUAAGCCACAGUGUAGCCGGCCCCGACUGCUGAGCAAUCCUCAAGGUACCCAGAGUGAAGGACAGAAGCCAGCUGGGAAAGUAUGGGGGUCACUCUCUGGCAGGAGCCCUGAAGGAAACUGGAAAGGUCAGGAAAAGGAAGCCACACCUGCAACCACAGGAACUGGUCAGAGGUCAGGGGAGUGACAGGGUGGCACAGGGCGAGUCAGGAAGUAGGACUCAGACCAGCCUCUAGAACCACUGUCAACAGAGAAAUCAUAGGCUACAUCUAGGAAGAAGCCUCUAACUUAGAUUAAGAGGAAGGCCGGAGAGAGCAGAGGUAGAAAAGCCACCGCUCACUUCCUAUGCUUGUUUAAUUGAAGUAAAAGCAAACCGAAAGUUCGGUUCCAGAGGCUGGAGAAAUGGCUCAGUGGAUAAAGAGUUUGUAUGCAGGCAGGAAGGCCUGAGUUCAGACCUCCAGUACCUACAUGAAAAAAGCCGGGCAGGUGUGACAGCCUGCCUGGAAUUCCCGCGUUCAGGAUGCAGGCACCAGGAGUCCCAAGGGGCAGGCUGGCUAAACUAGUCAGGCCCACGCACACACAUGCACACACACACACACACACACACACUCAAACAUACACUAUACAGACACACAAAUCAGUUCCUUUUCACCUUAGCCAAGUUUGCUUGUUUUUGAGACAAGGUCUCUUACGUAGUACGGGUGGCCUUAAGCUGAUUUGAUGCUCCUGGGACUGCAGGCAUGUGCCACCACACCCAGUUGUUUAGGCCGCACUGGGACCCAAACCCAGAGCUUCACGCAUGCUAAGCAAGUACUCUACCAAAACGAGCCACAUGCCAGCCCUCUAGACACAUUUUAAAGAUGUUUUUAAAAAUUAUUUUUAAUUGUGUUUGUGUGUUUGUGUGCAUGCACACAAGUGUACGCAGGUGCCUGAGAGGCCAAAGGUGUGAGAUGCCCUUGGAGCCAGAGUUACAGGCAGUUGUGAGCCACUUGAUAUGGUUGCUAGGAAUUGAAUUCGGGUCCUCCGGAAGAAUAGUGUCUGUUCUUAAUUGAUAAGCUAUCUUUCCAGCCCACCUAGCCAUAUUUUAAAGCAACAGCACCUGAUUCAUGGCUACCAGACAGUAUGACAUUGUUAGACCGAAGUCCACCGGAUGGUGCUGGCCAGACACUAGUGCGGAAACAGCAGAAGCUUGGCUAAGGAAAGGAAGAUGCCACCCCGGGGCGCAGAUGAGGACGGGCUGACAGCAGGAGAGGAGGAGAGGCAGGUGGAGGAAAAGGCAGGGGAAGGCCAACAAUCAUUACCAAACAGAGCCUGAGACUCAAGCUGCUCACAGAUCCUAAGCAAUCCUGUGAGGAGUGUUCUGGGAACUCCUACAGUGUUAUGUAUGGGGGCCUCUGGGAAAGCCUUCCUUCCCAGCAGAGGGAUGACUUGAUCAGGGAAAGAACAAUGCACCAAGCGGCUCCAGAAUCCUCCACCAGGCGGGGAGUUCCACCUUGCCCCAAAGAGGCCAAGGCUGCACCUGUUGUUACUACCCCAGUCUGUGGCUCAGCCACAUCUGAAUCCAGAACUCAGAAGUGCUGGACACAUGGGUCUGGCCCCCAGGCUACUCCGAAUGUGAAAGAAGGGUGGAGGGAAGGCUGACACACCCUGUGACGUCUCUCUCCUGCGCCUGUGCGGAGAUGCCCAGCUGAGGGCUCUGGAUACAGAGGCAGUGAAUAAAGGUUUUCUAAUGCAGCCUACAGAGAGUGACCUAGAUGUGGAAGGCUGAAACUGAAUGGUGGAGGAGCAAGGCUUCUUUUAAGUCAAGAUCCUGAGCUGGCCUAGACCACUUCAUGUCCCUCCUCUACCCAGGGUCUGGGACACUGUGGUGCGGAUGAGAAUGGCCCCAAAGACUCAUGUGUUUGAAUGCUUGGUGCCCAGUUGGUGGAACUGUUUGGGGAGAAUUAGCAGGUGUGGUCUUCUUGGAGGGGGGGUGUCCUGGGGGUGGGCUUUGAGGUUUCAAAAGCCGUGCCAUUCCCAGUUAGCUCUCUCUCUGCUUGUGGUCGUUACCUUAGCAUAUAAGCUUGCAGCUACUGCUCCAGCAUCCUGCCUACUGCCGUACCUACCCUAAUGGCCAUGGGCGCUAUAACCUCUGGAGCCAUGAGACCCCCACUUAAAUGCUUUCCUUUAUAAGUUGCCUUGGUUAUGGUGACAAAACUGUCAUGGCAGUAGAAAAGUAACUAAGACAGGCACACUCCCCAGAACUCCCAACCUCUCAGGCAGGGACAGGCACAGGUAGCCAGACAGAAACCCUGAUAACUCUGGGAGGCUGUGGACAUGCCAAUAGGUACCCAGGCUGUUUCAGAGAAGAGAAAGCCAGGAGCUUCCCGCCCCCAAAGCACUUAUCUCUCCAGCAAAAGUGACCAGGAGUCAAUGCCCCAACCUCUGCAGUCAGGCUGAAAAACUGGGCCAUCAAAGAUAGAGUGAACACUAGCCUCUGUGGAGUCGGGAGGACCGAGACAGUGAGCACUAGCCUCUGUGGAGUCGGGAGGACUCAGAGGCAGCUAGAAGGAGCACAACUGGCCAAAAGCAGAGCAGCAGAUACAGCACUGCAGGUUCAACACAGGGUGGGAUGCUCUCUCUAGAGGAGAUGAGCUCAUAGUGUCUGUUCUAGUCACCUGCCUGCUGGCCUCUUCAUCAAACACAGGAUUGUCUGACCUCCAAAUCCAACGAGAGCUCCAACAGGAGACACGCAUGGGCCAACUUUUUUCUUUUCUUUUUCUCUUUUCUUUUUGCUUUUUGAGGACAGGGACUCUCUGUGUAGCCCUGGCUAUUCUAGAGCUCACUCUGUAGACCACACUGGCCCUGAACUCAGAGAUGCACCUGCCUCCCCUCCUGAGGGCUGGGACUAAAGGUGUGUGCCACCAUGUCUGGCAUGGGCCGACUUUUGUGUCACUCUGGACGUGUACUUCAGUGGUAGCAUGGGGGUUAAUUAUGAGCAGGACCCUGGGUUUGAUACAUUGCCAGAAAAAAAAAAUAAAAAUAGAAAAGAAAAAAACACCAGGUUGUGGUGCAUGCCUUUAAUCUCAGCAUUGGGAGGCAGGGUCAAGUGGAUCUCUGAGUUUGAUGCCAGCCUGAUCUACAGAAUGAGUUCCAGGACAGCCAGAGCUACACAGAGAAACCCUGUCUCCAAAAAACAAAAAACAAAAAAAACAAAAAAAAACAAAAAAAAAAAGGAAGGAAGGGAAAAAAGGAAGGAAGGGGGAAAAGGAAGGGAAAAAAGGAAGGAAGGAAGGAAGGAAGGAAGGAACGAAGGAACGAAGGAACGAAGGAACGAAGGAAGGAAAGAAAGUAGGUAGAAGAAAUAGGGUCCUCUGGUACUGUUAAGUUGGGAGCAUAACCCCUGCCCCUGGCAUCCAUCCCAGCCCCCUGGCCUGGGAGUUGCAUUGGUCAGGACUCCAAAUCCCAACAUGCCAGGCUCUGACCCCUUCCUGGGGGAGAGGUCAGGACCAUUCUCACAGGGUACUUAGUGGGCUCCCAGAGGAGAAACACGUUGUUUAGGGUUUGCAUGUGCUCCCCACUUUCCUGUUUCCCCACCAUGCGCUCAGCCACCUGAGAACACCGUAUUUAAUAAAACGAUGGGCAUUUUAAUUUGGUUUGAUCUGACCUAAUUGGAUUUCUCUUCGCCGGCAGAGCCGCCCCCCCUUAGGAUUUAUUCCUAACAGGUACCUCAUAGAGAACAGGGAUGAGCAGAGAGUCAGCCUCUUGGACUGACUGAACCCACCCACUGCAUUUUACUCUGAUCUGGACUUGGGAACAAAGGGCCUGAGAAAGUAGAAGCUGAAAGGAUCCCAGACCCCAAGCAGACCCAGGGUGACUUCUGGCU